AUGGAGGGAGGAGGUGUGGAGAGAGGGAUAUGGGAGCCCCUGACCCCCUCAUCCUUUCCCUGCUCUUGUUGUUGUUGUGACUCAAAUUUUGGACCAAGCUCUGUGAGUUUUCAGUUUCCUGGGAAACGGUCAAAGUCCCCCAUCAUCAUGGCGACCGUCGGCUCAAACCUGUCAGAGCUCGACAAACUUCUGUUGGAACUGAACACGGUUCACGAGAGCUCAGCAGCAUUUACCACAGAAGCCCCUUCCCCUCGGACCUCCAGCCCUCAUGUCCUUGUCACACCCCCCCACAGAGAAGCGGUGUCCUGGACCAAGGAGAGAGCGAGUGUGGGCAGCGACCUAGAGUCCGCUCUGCCCUGGGAGCCCAGCUCUGGUCCUCUCUUGGUCACGGAGGACUCUCUGGAGCUGAUGUCCCAUCCUGAAGGGACGUCCUGCUGGGCUCCACCUCAUCAGACAUCUCAUUGUGACGAUGGUCCCUCUCCUCACGGUGGUCCCUCUCCUCACUGUGGUCCCUCUCCUCAUGGUGGUCCUUCUCCUCACGGUGGUCCCUCUCCUCACGGUGGUCCCUCUCCUCACGGUGGUCCCUCUCCUCACGGUGGUCCCUCUCCUCAUGGUGGUCCCUCUCCUCACGGUGGUCCCUCUCCUCAUGGUGGUCCUUCUCCUCACGGUGGUCCCUCUCCUCACGGUGGUCCCUCUCCUCACGGUGGUCCCUCUCCUCAUGGUGGUCCCUCUCAUCUUGGACCUUCCGCAUCUUUAGCGACCCGGGAGCUCGACCAGCUGAUGGCGUCGCUGUCAGACUUCCAAACCCAGAGUGACUCCGGGUCUCAGUCGUCUGUGAAUCAAGAAGAGUUUUUACCCGCCCUUUCACAGGCCCUGCCCACUGCACCCUCACAAGCCACUCCCACAACCGCCCUUCCCUUACUUGACCUACACAUAGAUGAAGACAACAGCUCUUCUAUAAAACCUCAUAAUGCCGAAGUCUCCGCCCCCUCUCCCGAAAGCCCCGCCUGCUCUCCUGUAAUCCCCACCCACUCUCCCGUAAUCCCCACCCACUCUCCCGUAAAUCCAACCUACUCUCUUGUAAGCCCCGCUCAUUCCCCCAUAAGCCCCGCUCCACACUCUGAAAUCACAGCGGCUCCUAGAGUCUGCAGUGCGAAACACGUCCAAAGGAUAUCGAGUCCCAUACCCAAACCGCGCCUCUCCAGCCCGCUCACCCUACCACUGCUGAGUACUAAUGCUGGUAUUAGCAUGGAGCUAGCAAACAUGGGGCGCGCAAGCCCAAUUACAAUCCCACUGCUGUCUGCGCCACGCGUGUCCAGCCCUGUCCUUGCGCGUGUGUCCAGUCCUGCGCUUAGACCUCAGACUCCACCCACUGCUCAGAGUCCGGCCACUGUUCAGACUCCACCCACUGCUCAGACGCCGCCCACCAUCAUCAGGAAGACCUUCUCUGUGAGCCCGCCCCGCAGUUUCUCCUCGGAGCCAAAAGAGUAUCUGGAGGACGCCCUGGCUGCACUGCUGCCUGACGACCACAUGGAGGCGCUGUCAGAAGACGAGUGGUUUGACGACUGCCUUAGCCCCUCCCCCUGUCCCGACACUCCGGACGCCUCUCUGGAGCUACCCUCUCAGCAGCCGUCAGCCGUUGAGCGCCUGUCCGCCUCAGGGCAGCUAAAGGCUGUGAUUCGCCGGACGCAGCAGACCCCCCACGUUCACCCCAUGCUCCGCGAUGGCAAACGGAAAAACUCCCCAGUCCUGAUGCACCGCUCGGGGUCUCAAGACCGACUGAUCCAGGAGCUGCAGGGGAAGCUGGGGAUCGGGCGACCGGAACGCAAGAGGAGACCACAGCGCACAGACGACUGGCUGACGGAGGGAGUCAUCGUCAUGUCCAACCCCCAAAGGAGGCGUGAGGAGAGGGAGGUGGACAAGAUCAUCAUCCCCCCAGAGUCUCCCGCCCCCCAGAGGAAGGUUCAGCCCCCACGUCCCCCAACACCUCCUCCACCCAAGGAGCUUACACCUCCUCCUCCCCCCACCACACCUCCUCCACCAAAGCAGCCUGCACCUCCUCCUCCCCCCACACCUCCUCCACCCAAGGAACCUACACCUCCUCCUCCAAAGGAGCCUACACCUCCUCCACCCAAGGAGCUGACACCUCCCCCCACACCUCCUACCAGAGACCCCACACCUCCUUCACCUAAGGAGCCUACACCUCCUCCCAGAGAGCCUACACCUCCACCCAGAGAGCCUACACCUCCUCCCAGAGAGCCUACACCUCCUCCCAGAGAGCCUACACCUCCACCCAGAGAGCCUACACCUCCUCCCAGAGAGCCUACACCUCCUCCCAGAGAGCCUACACCUCCCCCCAGGCAGUUCUCCUGUGUGAGCUGCCAGACCGAUGACAACCCCGCUUUCCCACCACUGCAGACACAGAACCCUCCCUUGCUCAGCAGUCUUCAGGGAGGACUGACUCGACUCGGGCUUCAGACUGAGGCCAAAGGAGUUUGUGCAGCUUGCAAGAAACCCAUUGUGGGAGCGGUGGCGACUGCAAUGGGGCAGAUGUUUCACCCGGACCACUUUGUUUGUUCUCACUGUGAGGAACAAAUUGGUUCCAGAAACUUUUAUGAACGCGACGGACUUCCGUUCUGUGAAGAGGACUAUCUCCUGCUGUUCUCCCCCCAUUGCGACUACUGCAACGGGCCAAUCUUGGAUAAGGUGGUGACAGCGUUGGAGAAGGCAUGGCAUCCGGAGCAUUUCUUCUGCGCUCAGUGUGGAGAGUUCUUUGGACCUGAAGGGUUCCACGAACGGGACGGCCGGCCCUACUGUCGGGCAGAUUUCCUCGACCUGUUUGCACCAAAGUGCAGCGGCUGCUCCAAACCCAUUCUAGAAAACUACAUAUGUGCCCUGAGCACUCUGUGGCAUCCAGAGUGUUUCGUCUGCAGGGAGUGCUUCACGCCCUUCGUUGAUGGCACGUUCUUCGACCACGGCGGGCAGCCGCUCUGCGAGGAACACUACGCUGCGCACCGAGGGACGCUGUGCGCAGGAUGUGAGCGUGCUAUCAGGGGGCGCUGUGUCACCGCCAUGAACCGCAAGUUCCACCCAGAGCACUUUGUCUGCGCUUUCUGUCUCAAACAACUGAACAAAGGGACUUUCAAGGAGCUCAGAGACAAGCCCUACUGCCACAGCUGCUUCCACAAGCUGUUCAACUAG